AUGGGUCCCCAGCACGAGAGGACGUGGGGCAGCUGCAGGAGGGCGGCAGAGCUGCUGCACGUGCUGCGGGGUGAAGGGGCGAGCUCAGGAAGCGAUGCAUCGCUGGUGCUGCCCAUGCGGCAGCUGGAGUUCCCAGAACCUGCCCGGCAUCCCCAGGGGAAACCAGGCAGCGAGCGGCCGCCUAAGAAUAGCUGCCCGGGGCACAGAGAGAAGGGGAAUCUGCUGCAGGACGAAGUGCCAGGGCAGUCGCUGUGGAACCUCCUUGCACCAGCCGAGGUGACGCUCGAGCAGCGGCAGGAAGGAAGCGGCAGCAGCGCAGGGAAGGGCUGCGGGAGCUGUGCCGCUGCCUCGCUCAGUCAACGGGGCCUCCCGGUGCCCCCGGGUGCAGGAGGGGCCGGCCCCGAGGGAACGGGGCGCAUCUUCGGGGGGACGGCCUCUGCGGCUCGACCCCCGGUAGAGGAGCCGCUCCGGGCCCCGGUGCCGGUCGGGCUCUGCCCCGCCGCUCCCGCACCACCGCGAAAGUUGCCGGGAGCCCCGCGGGGAGCUGCCGCCCCGUCCGUGUCCCGACAGAGCUCCGGCGGAGCGGGGACGGCGGCAACGGGACCCCGGCCCCGGGGCGACCUCGCGGAGGCUCCGGUCCCCUGGCACCUGCGGGGACCUAUCGCAGCCAACACCGGGACCCGCCCCGCGUCGUCCUCGUGCUGCACCGCGGGGGUCGGCGGCUGGGAACGGCUCCCGCAGCGGCGACGGGGAAGGCCCGGAGCGGCCCUUGCCCUCGGCGGGGGCUCCGCACCGGGUGGUGCCCGGCCGGCCCUGCUCCACCUGCCCGGGGUGCAGAGCGGAGAACGGCUGCAGCGGCCCCCGCUGCCAAGCCGCAGAUCGGUGGGGACACGCGUGGGCCUCAGCCCGCUCCUCAUCGUCCGCGCAAACGAAAAUGAGUGCGCGGAGCCGCCAGCCCCGUGCUCCCCGGUGCCCGCACGCCGCCGCCGUUUGCGGCUUCCGGCACCGGGCGAGGGAAAGCCGCCGCCACCUGCCCCGGGCCCGCUUCCCCCGGGCGCUCCGGCCUUCCUGCAGCGGAGGAUCCCUGCCGCUGCGUGCCCCGGGCCGGGCUCCCGCGACCGCGGGAACCCUCCGAGCAGCGCCCGGCCUGCAGCGGUGACGAAGGCUCCUCCGGGCCGGGUUGGGGCCCGCUGCGGACCGGGCCCCGGGAGCAGACAGCGGGCCCCGACCGUGCAAGGGGUGGGCACCGCCGUUCCCCGGGCCCACGGCAGCCCGCGACGUGGCGCGGCGUGGAGCCCUCCCAAGGGCUCAUCCCCCGCCGCGGGACGCCCUGGGGACCCCCCGGCCUGCUCCCCCCCGGUGGUGCGGGUCGCGCACCUGCCCCAGGGCUCCACCGCCCCCCGCGGGGGCCGUGCUGAGUCACGCGUGGGGCGGGGGCCGGGCUGCCCGCACCCCCCCCGCCGCCCGCCCCCUCCCCGCCUCGCUCCCCGGCAGGUCUGCGCCAAUCCCCCGGCCCCGCCGUUGACGGGCAGCCGGGCCCGGGAGGCGCCGCCUCCCUGA